CCCACGCAACCUCGUCCGUACUUUUUAAUACCACUUGCAUUUACUCUGCUAGCUUUCCCUCCUCCUUCUGUCUAUACACAUUGAUGCAGAGACACAGUCUGCACAGGAUGCGAAAAAGCUGUUGACCCGUUUGGCUACCAACCUCAGUACCAGUCAGCAAAGCACUACUACAGCCCGCAUCCGUAUACCUUUGGUGAGUGCUAUAUUCGCCAUUUCGGAGCCGCACCACAUACACACGCAUCCAAUUCUUACAGCCAGCAGAUACACAUGUCACAGCGCCACCAGCAACAGAUGUACCAGCAGCAGCAGUUGCAGCAGCUCUACCAGGAGCGGCAGCGGCAGUUAUUCCAGCACCAGCAGGUGUACCAGCAACACCAGCAGCAGGUAGAGCAGCAGCAAAGGAGCGACAUGUACAACCCGCAGUUGUCGAUUAAAAAGAAGCCAUAUGCGCAGCCCACAGCUGCCUAUGUGCCGCCUGCCUCCGUGCCAUCGUCCCCAACGCCCUCAGCAGCACGACCGCCUCCUCCUCUGACCGAGGCAACAGGUACAACGCCAAUCCAGGCCAAGGCCGACAGAACAAGGCCACAGGAGAAACAGGACUCUAAAUACACCGAUCUUGACUGGUCGCCGUUUGACUCUCCGCUGAUCAAGCAGUGCGAGAGCCACGGGUUCAACGCGCCAUCGGCGUCGCUGCUGGAAAACAUGGCAUAUAUCCCAAAGUACUCACCCACGUCGUCGGCUAUCCAGAGCGCCUGCAAUUCAAUCCCGCACAGCCCCCACAUGGGUGCCACCCAGACCAGCCACCCGCAGAUGAUGGCAGUGGAGAGGGUACGGGUGCUCGAUGUGGAGUCGGGCGAGUAUUUGGAGCCGCUGGCCCAGACUGCCCGUACUCAACAUGCACCGUAUGGAUCGCAGUCGUAUUACCGCUGAAGCAACUGCAGCGCUUUGCUUUCUGCCUCAGUUCGUUGGUGACCACUACCGUUAUACAUAGCUCCCUAUUCCCGUCUCCACCCUCACCCUCCAGGGGCACUGUACAUCUUUCUCCUUGGAUCCAUGAGCCUUUCAAUACAAACGCC